CUUGAGUCAAAAUCAAGAGGAAACAUCAAACGUCAUGUUGCGUGAGCCUCAGAUCAACCCAGAGCUUUUGGUUUUUACUCUCGCGAGAAGUGAACUAACGGUAUUCAGAUGAUUCAGAUCCAUGGGCACUUCCAUGGACGCCGGGCACUGAUCCCGGGUCGGUGCUCUCGUCCCGCUCCUUCGGCGGUAAACCAGGUCUCUUAAAUCCCAACUGCAGCUCGACCAGCAGCAUUAAGCCGCCCUCUCAAUCGUGAAGAAUGAAUCAUGGGACGGCGUUACUGUGGAAACGACGUUGAAAACAACACAAGAGCGAGCAACAGUUAGCAUGAUGAUGCUCCAGCAUGGAUCCACACAGCUCCUCUGCCUCACAGCCAGCAGUGGGGUUCCUCUAUUCACAAGAGGAGCCUCCAAGCAGCUGCCCUUCUCUGUCAUCGGCUCCCUGAAUGGUGUCCACAUGUUUGGGGGUGGCCACGGAGUAGUGUUGCUCAGCUGUGAGACUGAAGGCGGGGGUAAAGUAGUAUGGAGAGUUUUCCAGGACAGUAUGAUGCUCAUUGUCGUGAGUGGAGGUGGACAAGAUGGUGCAGGUGACAGCAAAGAGGACGAGGUGCGUUUACAGCGGCUCCUGGAGAAUGUAUGGAGCUGCAUGGUGCUGGUGUUGGGGCAGGAUGAACUGACUAAUGUCAGAAAUGUUGAGAGACUGAAGAGGGACUUGCGGUCCUGUUUCAGCCUCAUUGAUCAACUGUUGGAGGACAGGCAAGAGGGCAUCCUGGGUAACCUGACACACUGUGCGGAUUCACUGCUGCCUCCAAACCCCACUCUUCUUCAAGAGGCUGUGGAUGGCUUCGCUCAGGCUGCAGACAGUGAAUUCGGCUGCCUCAUCGUCCAUGGGCGGAUAGCUGCAGCAACUGAGAAAUGGUGGCGCCUGGCUCCACCGGAGGUUGUGCUGCUCUCGGCUUUGAUACGGUCCCUCUCUGCCUCUGGAUCAGCCUCUUGUGAUUACCCAGUUUUCCUUCCUCAGGGCAGCCCCACUGUUGCCCACCGCCUGCUUCGCUUCCAGCUGCUACCUGGGGCAGAUGUGUGCGUGCUGUGCGGCCCAACGCCUUCCCUGCACAGCGCUGAGAGUGGGAUGGUGGGUCGUUUCUGGACACCUCUUGUGGAGACCCUGAGAGACUGCUUGGCUGUUGGAGAACACAGUUUACCAAGAUCUGUAUCCUUGCGCCCUGAUGUGCUGGCACUACUUCUGAUUAACCGUGAAACACGUCGCUCAGUCUCCUGUGUGCGGACUUCCACUAAUCGUCCACUGGGUGAACCUCCUUUACCCUCCAAGGCCCGCUGCUGGGAGAUACUGAAGCUCUUCUACAUCUUCAGCACCACACGCUACUUCAACCAGGAGGAGACUUUGUGUGUGUCCCCUGAGGAGAGGGCUCAGAGGGGCAACACUGAUGACUUUGUCCUUGGAUUCUCCCACCAGCCACUGCAGUGCUAUCUAGUUACAGAAGAGUGCAAAAGCUAUGGCCUUCAGACUCCGCAGCACCAGCUCUUUCUGCUCGCCCCACUGUCAGUGCCCACCUUUGCAUUGCGUACAGUGGCCACACAGACUCUCUCUGAUAUUGUUGGUGCCACUGGAUUUUAAUAGAAGUAUUGAAAUUGUUAGCACAUCUUGAUUGUCCAUGAACCAUCAAUGUGACUAAAAUAAUACUUAAAUGUGAACCAGCUGCUGCUAUUUAGAUUCUUAUUCAACCCUAUUGAUUGCUGCAACAAAUGUGCCUCCAUCUGUCCAUAUUUGGUAAAGACUAUCAUAAGCACACCACUGGUUAAAGAUGAACAGUAGAAAAGGUUAUCACUGGUUAUUUUCACUUUACUACUCGGGUAUUUAAAGCUGGCAUUAUUCGAAAACAAUGGAAAUUGUCCAACCAAAGUGAACUGCUUUGUUCUACAUCCAGGAAAUAAGUCACUGUUGCACAUUGCGUCUAACUUCACUGACUGAAAGGCCCUUUUUAGAAUUAAUUGUUAGAUUAAUUGAAUACCAACAUUUUCAGUAAUAUUUGACUGUAUUUGAGCAUCAUGGUUAAAUGUUACAUAAUGCUUUGUAGACAUUCUGAAUCAUUCUGGCUCAACAAUGUUGUAGUUUGAAUCCUAAAUAUGUUUGUUAUAUCCAGAGGGUCUUGAAUGAUCUAUUCACAAUGUUCCUUUUUACUAAUGUGAUAAUGAAAAUGUGUGGCUUGUAUUUGAUGAUUUCUACACAACAAAGUUGUUCGACUGUAGAAUUCGAAAUAAACUACUUGACAAGCAAUUCCUCAGACAGUUCAAUGGUUAAUAAGCCUUUCAAUUUAAACUACUCACCUAUGAAAGUAAACACUUUUUAUAAUGUUUUUUGUCCUCUGAAAUGUUCUUGGCAAAGACUGUACUGGGGUAAAUAUGUGAAUUUAACUUUAAGAAGAAAAACUAUUAAAAGCAUGUUACAAGAAGUCCAUUCAAUAAGUCAUACCUAUAACCGUUGUCUUAUGUGAGUUAUCACAACUAUAUGUAUUCCCAACCACUUAACGCUGAAAUUAUAGUGACUAUAAACAAAACAAUCAUUUUAUGAAUACAUCAUGUAAUGAUAGUUACAGUGCUGUCUGUUGUUCAUACCUGCACUGAUCAUUUUUGAAACUUUUUGAAGUCACACUUGUAGGUGUGAAGGGCCAGAGUUUUAUACCGAUUGUCAUUUGUAACAUCCCAGUACAAAGGAACAUUUGUGAUCCUGUGAAAUUGAGCAUUUUCUAAUUAUUCUGAUUGCACAAUUAUAUUUUGUCAAAGGAAUUAGCAUUCAACCAGAAAUGUAAGUGGGGUGUAGUCGUAGAGAUAGGAGGAGCAUUCAUUAUUGUUUUGUUUACAAAGAAGCUUAAAAAGUCUCCACCCAAACCACAUGGAGCUCCCAGAACAAAAAAAGUCUCAGUGCAGUCAGGGAGCCCGGGACAAACUCUGGCGAUAUCCCCACGACCCUCGUCUGAAGCCCUCAACUGUUUCAGCUCGGUAACCGGAGAACAAAGCCUGAGUGACAGCCUCACGAGCUUUGUCGAGUCUGAGCGCGACGCGGCGUGGGCUCCCCAAAGAGAAAAUGUCCGAGAAUGGAGUGUUACCCCGGGCCAAGGUGUUGACC